AUGAGCAUCAACCUUCUCAUCAUCGGUGUUCUAUUUCAAGUGCUCGUCACUCAACUGGCGCUCGGACAAGGCAUUACUUGCCCGCCUGAAUUCAAGACGUACACACGUCUGAAUGGUAUAAAAUGGUGUAGCUUUGCGGCCCCAUUCUCCGUGAACUACAAUGAAGCCAAAAAGAAUUGCGAAGGGGCUGGAGGCAUGCUGACGGGAUUCGAUAACGCCGCUCAACGAAAGAUCGCAGCUGGACUGACUUCCGGCGCGUUCUGGAUCGGAGCAUACCGAAAGAAGGAGUGCCAAGUGUCGAAUUGGAAGAAGGUCAAAGCAUGUUUGCCGGCUGAGAAGAACUCGAUUGAAUGGACCGACAGAAACACCACGUCGACCGACGGAUUCAACUUCCGCAAAGGACAGCCCGAUUAUAACAUGGGCAAUCAGAACGCCGUUUAUAUGGUUGUUGGUGAAGACGUUGUUGAUCGAUACGGAGUAUGGAAAAACGAGGAAAUGGAUGAUGUGCGUGCGGAUCUGAUCAAAAAUCCGAGAUCGCCUGGAAGAAACAUCGUAGGAUUCAUCUGCGGAUUUCCCGCACUCUAA